CUCGCGCCGCGCUAGAGGCCUGCCCUCCCGGGCCUACUGCCCACGUGAGUGCCCACUGGGCGCCACCUGGGCCCGACAGGACAGCCAUUCUGCCGCGUGAGGACCGCUGCGGUAGACGCUAGGCGACGGCUCCUUCUGCGGGCCCUUGGUCCGUGGUUUCGUUAUCUCUGCUUGUGCUUAGGGAGUUAAACUCCACUGUACGCAGGCGCAGAGCGCAGAGCGCCCCACCUCACACCUCCACUGGACUCGCACACCCGUUUUGGCGGGCUGUCUCAGUGCGCAGGCGCCAAGUCCGCAGAGCGCAGGCGCAGAGCUGCCGCAGCGUGUUGGAGCCUCGGUGGCUUCACAGACUCACCCGGCAUGGCCAGCUGGGUGUUCUGCAACCGCUGCUUCCAGCCGCCGCACAGGAAGUCGUCCUUCAGCCUGACCAGCUGCGGGCACGUGUACUGUGACGCCUGCCUCCGCAAAGGCAAAAAGGACGAAUGUGUGAUUUGUAAAGUUCCUUGUCGGACACUUCUACUCACAAAACAUACUGACUCAAGCAUCCAGGCAUUCUUCAUGGGCAUAGACAGCCUGUGUAAGAAGUACUCGCAGGACACUGCCCAGAUUUCAGAGUUCCAAGACAAGCACAGGAGGAGGCUGCUUGCCUUCUAUCGAGAAAAGAUCUCACAGCUGGAAGAGUCGCUCAGGAAGUCAGUGCUGCAACUGGAACGGCUACAGAGUAUAAAAUCGUCACAACAAACAGCUUUCCACACCAUAAAGAGUUCAGUUGCAACAAAGGCAGAUGGGCAUGUAUGGCUGCCACCUGACGCAUCUGCCCCUGACAGGGUGGAGUUGAUGGAGGUUGACCUUACUCCUCCAGUAAGGAAGCCUGAGGUCACAGUGGGCCCUGUGAGAAUCUCUGUGAUUAGUCCACCUCAGGAUGGACGGAUGGGCAGUGUCUCCUACUUGGGCCCUCAGCAUCCAGCCCUGACACCCAGCCCAACGCCCAGCCAGACGAGCGUGUCGAAGGCUCUCAGGGACAAACUGGGGUUAUGUUUCCUGCAAAGCUCUGGACGUCACUGUCUCCUCUCCUCUCUGCCUCCAGGCCUUGUGGAGGUGCGUCCAGUAAGUCUUUAUGCACAGAAGCUGGGCUGGCCCAUGUAGGGGAGCUCAGGGGUUGAGUGUGCCUGCCAUGCCUGAGGUCCCCAGUGCCCUCUCCACACUGCAGAAAGGGAGAAAGGAGGAGGAAAUGGUGGCCAGCUGGGUAAGGCCCUGAGACCAGAGCUCACUCACUGGGCAGUGCCCUCCUCUUGGGCGAGUAGGCGCCCACACUUGGUCUGAGCAUUGAGGGCCAGUGGUCUGUACAGAAGGUGGAUCCUGCGAGCCCCUUCCCUGCCAGGCAAUUUCUGAGCUCUGCUGCCUGCUGACCUACAGCUUGUCCUGCCUCACCUGUGCCUGCCCAACUCCUGGAGCUCAUGGCUUUCCACACCAUCUGCUGGCAGACUACUGUGACGAGCUGCUUUUGCUCCCCAGGGACACAGCUUCCCCUUCCUCAGUGCCUGCUGCCCAGCGUCGUCACUCCCAUCUAAUUCACUGUCCUUUUUUUAUUUUUAAAUUUUGAGAUAGAGUCUAGGUAAGUUACCCAGCAAGACCCAAACUCACAAUCGUCCUGCCUCAGCCCAUUUCAGGGCUAGAAUUAGCAGUUGUGGGCCACCAUGCCCGGCUUCUCUGCCGAGUUCUGUUGUGUGGUUUGUUUUUUGUUUUUUUGUUUUUUUUGGUACCAGGAAUCAAACUCAGGACCUUGUGCUUGCCAGGCUUCUGCCCAGUUCUGUGGUGGUGUGUGCCACAUCCCUGUUGUCUGUCCCUCUCUGGCCCGGGGCAGGCAGAGUGGGCCUGGACCAGCAGAGACGCACUAGCGGCAUGUGGGUACUGAGUGUGUCUGAAUUGAGUGUGGAGGAUGACACAGUGCCAUUGCCUUGAAGAGGAGGUUGCUGCUCAAGGUUUUGAGGAGGAAGGAGCCUCAGGAGACAGAAGGAGCAGGCAGCGUGGGCAUAACCCUAUAUGCGUGCUCUGGGCAGGCUGGGGUGGCACUUGUUGUGUGUGAGUUACAUAAAGGAGGGGUGGGGCACAGGCUCUGAGCUGUGGACUCAGCGGAGAAAGGCCUGUCCAGGGCAGGCUGUCUGCUGACUCCAGGACUUCGCUGCACUGUGGCUGUCAGCCUGGGCAUGGCAUGGGCCUUGCUGGUCCUGUGUACUGAGUGUGCUUUUGAUUCUGCCUGGGUGAUUAUCAUCAGAGAUGUGUGUUGCAUCUGUGACUCUGUUGAAUUCAU